UUGUUGACGAAAUCAAGACCAUAAUCAAAUUUUGGUUAGAAAAAGGAGUAGCGGGAAUGCGGAUCAGUGCAGUCAACUACGUUUUUGAAGCUGACAAGGACAUGUAUGGCGGACAUUACCCUAAUGAACCUCCAACUGGAAAGCCAGACGUUGGCACUGACGAUUAUGGCUAUUUGGAUCAUAUUUAUACAAAGGAUUUAGAAGAAACAUAUGAACUUGUGUCGCAAUUUAGAGAAAUUUUUGACGCUAUUUCAGUAAGGGACAAUAUGACAAGAAUAAUGAUAACAGAAGCACACACGAGCAUCAAAAAUGUAGUACGCUAUUACGGUGAAGGCAUGCACCUUGGAGCCCAAAUUCCUAUGAACUUUGUCUUUGUUGACGACGUGGACAAAGAAUCAGACGCAAGAGAUAUCACAUAUACCACUGAUAAAUGGAUGACUUAUAAGCCGAUGAAAAGGCCUGCUAACUGGGUUACUGGCAAUCAUGAUACGAGUCGGUUGGCUUCAAGAUUCAGAUCAGAGCUGGUGGACGCUUUUAAUAUGCUUGUUUUACUGCUGCCUGGAAUUGCUUUCACGUACAUGGGUGAAGAAAUAGGAAUGGUAAAUGGAUUCGUGUCGUGGAGCGAAACGAAGGAUCCCCUGGCAUGCAACACGGACGACCCUGUGAAUUUCAUCAAUGUGUCCCGUGACCCAGUCCGGACGCCGUUUCAAUGGAGAAACUACAAAAAUGGAGGAUUUUCUACAGCGGCAAAGACGUGGCUUCCAAUCGCGGACGGUUUCGAGAGUCUCAACGUGGCUCAACAGCGUUCAUCCGUUCGUUCUCACUAUCAAGUUUAUAGGACUUUAACUAGUCUACGAUUGCGUCCUGCUUUCAAGCUAGGACGAUUUGAAUCACUCGCUUUGAAUAAUGACGUUUUUGGAUUCAAGAGGUUAGCUGCCUUAUCCUUUUCAGUAAAAGAUAUUAUCGUGUGAAAAUACUCACUACUGUUAACAAUGUGUAAUGCAAUUUAUCGAAAUACUCGAAAGUACCAUCAAUAAAGACACCUGUUAACAUUUGUUAAAGGGCUCAUCACUCAAUGUGUGCACAUGAAAAGAUAAGUUUAGUGACUACUUGGCUGGAUAGCGAUUAUAAGUAGAAUCCACAAAAGGACUCUAUGUGCUAAGGC